AUGUCUACGAACAUGAAUCCCCUGAGUUGCAUUCUAGACAAAAAUCGUUUAACCGGACUCAACUUCAAUGACUGGUUCCGAAAUUUAAAAAUUGUUUUAACCAUGGAGAAAAUCAGCCAUGUUUUAGAUGAGUCACCACCUAAUAAGCCUAAUGAUGAUGCUUCUGAAACUCAAAAGGAGGCAUAUAACAAAUGGUUGGAACAUGACCUCCGAGCCAAAAGUUAUAUUCUUGCAUCGAUGAAUUCUGAGCUCCAAAAGCAACAUGAAUUCAUGAUGUAUGCAAGAGAUAUAAUUGAAAGUUGUAAAGAACUCUUUGGGGAAUCUAGUCGAAUUGUUCGAUUUAGAAUCUCCAAAGAAUUGUUUGGCUCAAGAAUGUCAGAAGGGCAAGAUGUAGGACAAUAUGUCCUAAAGAUGAUAAAUUUGAUUUAUCAACUGGAGAAUUUGGAUUUUGAUAUGCAUUUUCAACUUAAAACCGAUCUUAUUCUCCAGUCCCUGCCAUCAUCAUUUGACGCAUUCAUUACAAAUUAUCAAAUGAAUAAAGUUGAGUGCUCUUUGCCUGAACUCCUUAACAUGUUGAUAACGUAUCAAAAUCAAAAGAAGGGAAAGGGCAAAGAGGUUGCUUUUGUUAUGGGUUCUUCUUCCAAAUUAAAAGGAAAGAAGAAUAACAACAAAAAGGCAAACACUCUGAAGGCAAAAGGUGGAACAUCUAAAAACAAGAAACCUUUAAAGAAAGGGAAGUGCCAUCAUUGUGGCAAGGAAG